UCAUUUUUCUUACUUUCCCUGUUCAUAUUGUUUUCUUGUCUUAGCUUUGCUACUACUCAUCAAAUCAACACUGAUGAGUUAGCACUUCUUGCAUUCAAAUCCACCAUAGUCACUUCAACUCCUUACAAUAUUUUGAAAAAAAAUUGGACCAUCGGAGCUUCAGUUUGCUCAUGGAUCGGAGUCACUUGUGAUUCGCGUUAUAGUAGAGUGGCUCAUUUAAAUCUUUCAAGAAUGGGACUUAGUGGCAGCAUCCCGCCCGAAAUCGGAAAUCUUUCUUCUCUUGUUUCUCUAGAUUUGAGUCACAACUCUCUUCAUGGCCCCUUCCCAAAUAAUAUUUGCAGGCACAAUAACCUUCAGAUACUUAAUCUGUCUAGAAACAAUUUAGAGGGAGAGAUACCACUGAGUUUGGGUGAAUGUCCACAACUUGAGAUUCUUGAUUUGUUCGACAACAACUUUGGUGGAUAUUUGCCUACACAAAUUGGGAACAUCACACAACUUAAGAUAUUAUACGUUGGUUGCAACAAUAUUAGAGGAAUUAUUCCACAUGAGAUUGGUCAUCUUGAUCAUUUACAAUGGAUGGAGAUGAGAUUGAACAAGUUGUCAGGUCCUUUGCCGCCAGCCAUUUUCAACAUGUCUUCUUUGAUAUUGAUUGAACUAUCAUCGAACACAAUUACUGGGCUGUUGCCUUCAGAAAUUGGGAACAUGAAAGAACUGCGAUACUUAAUGCUUCACGAUAAUGCUUUAAACGGUACUAUUCCAAAAGAGAUAUGUCAUCUUAAUAAGUUGGAGCUGAUGGAUUUGUAUUCCAACAAACUUAGCGGAUUAAUCCCAAGAGAAAUGGGGAACAUGACGACUCUCAUUAGCUUAUCGCUAUGCAAUAAUAGUUUGAGUGGUGCUUUGCCUUCCGAAAUUGGGAACAUGUCUUCUUUAGGAGGCAUUAACCUUUCAGGUAACACAAUUAGUGGAGCAUUGCCUUUGGAAAUUGGGAACAUGAAAGCACUACAAUACUUGUUCUUUGACGACAAUUCUUUUAUUGGUACAAUUCCAUCCACCAUUGGGUAUCUAUCAAAUCUGCAAUACUUUUUUCUCUCCUCAAACAAAUUAAAUGGUACAAUUCCAUCCACCAUUGGGAAUUUAUCAAAUCUGCAAUACUUUGUUCUCUCCUCGAACAAAUUAAAUGGUCAGCUCCCAUCCUCAAUAUGCAACUUGUCAUCGCUUUCAUACCUUAUUCUCACAAACAACACCUUGGAAGGAAGACUGCCACAAUGCUAUAGAAACUUUCUCAUCUUUCAUUUAAACUCUAAUCAACUUAGUGGUCUCAUUCCAUCAACAUUUACAAAGGGGUGUAGUCUUCAGUCCAUCAAUUUGAAUGAUAAUAAAUUGAUAGGACCAUUACCCGAAUCUUUAAUUCACUGUAAAAGUUUAAAGGGCAUUGACAUUGGAAAUAACAGAAUACAAGACGAAUUUCCGUUUUGGAUGGAAAGCCUUCUUAAGCUUCGGGUGCUAGUGUUGAGGUCUAACAAGUUUUAUGGUAACAUGUCACGUCAUUCACCAACCAAGAAUCCAUUUCCUAAGUUGCAAGUUUUAGAUGUAUCCCACAAUGAAUUUGUGGACUCUCUACCUCAAAGAUAUUUCAAGAAUUUUAGAGCGAUGAUGGUAGAGGUGAACGAAGUAAAUCGCACAAGUUUUGUGGACAUGAGGCUCACCUUCAAAGGCCAGGAUCAGUUAUUGAAAAAUCUAUUGCAAACCUUCACAAUAAUUGACUUAUCCUCCAAUAGAUUCUCUGGAAAUAUUCCACCUUCCAUAGGAAAUCUUAAGAUUCUCAAAUACUUGAACUUAUCCCACAAUACCCUCACGGGGCACAUACCUUCAUCUCUUGGAAACCUAAGUGAGCUUGAAUCGCUGGACUUGUCGACAAACAAAUUGGAUGGAGAAAUCCCAAGUGAGUUGACAAGGUUGACGUUUCUUGCGACAUUAAACCUUUCAAUGAACAAUCUUAUUGGACAAAUACCACAAUCUAAUCAGUUCUCUACGUUUGAUAAUGAUUCAUAUAUGAGAAACUCGGGAUUGUGUGGAUUUCCACUAACAAGAAAAUGCGAGAAUGGGUCAUGGAUGCAGCCUGUAGAAGAAGGUGAUGAUGAAUACGGAUUUAUGGAUGGAUUUGGUUGGAGAAGUGUUGUGAUGGGUUAUGGAAGUGGAUUCGUAGUUGGGAUUGGAAUUGGUUAUAUGAUUAUAAGAAGUGGAAGACCGCGAUGGUUAGUCGAAUUCUUUUUUGGCGUUGGAUACAAAUGUAAGACGAAGAAGAGGUGCAAUAGACCUACAUCAACAUUCAGGGGAACUUGAUUAAAAGCCAAACUGAGGAUUGUGUGAUUUUCUCGUGUUUGAUUUGGAAUUCUUGCUUGAGUUCAGAGCUUCUACUUGAUUUGUAUUUUCUACUCCUUUCUUUGUCUUUAAUUUUCCUUUUGUAUUCGUGCUCGUGUUUUCUAUUUCUUAUAUUUGAGUUGUGUUUGACUA